UAAAUGGAUGACAUUUGUUUCCAAUCGAGUUACAGAAAUUGUUUCUCAUACUAAUCCUUCCCAAUGGAGACAUUGCCCUGGAAAGGACAAUCCUGGUGAUAUAUUAUCAAGAGGUACUUCACCAUCAACACUAAGACAUCUAGAAAUCUGGUGGCAUGGUCCUAAGUGGUUAAUCAAACCUGAAAACUGGCCUGAUUCUAAAAACACUUAUGAAGAUUACACUCACAACUUAGAAUUAAAGAAGAAAGUGCAGACUCUUCACACUGUCAUUUCUCUGCCAAUUAUCAAUGCUGGAAACUACAGCUCUUACUUUAAAUUGUUACGCGUGACAUCUUGGAUUUUUCGCUUUAUUUACAACUGCAAUACACAAGAAAAGAUGGUUGGUGAAUUGAAUGCCACGGAACUGGAUCAAGCUUGCAACUAUUGGAUACAAAUCGUUCAGAAGGAAUCUUUUCCUUUAGAACACGAAGCCUUGUCGAAAUCAAAUUCACUUCCCAAGAACUCAAAAAUAGAAAAAUUCAACCCACUUUUUGACAACAACUUAAUACGUCUUGGAGGCCAACUACAAUUUUCUGACUUAUCAGAAUCGGAAAAACAUCCCAUCUUAUUGGAAGGUUCUCACCCUUUUACAAGCCUGCUCAUACGCCGCACACACUUAAAAAUGCACCAUCUAGGAGUUAGGAUUGUGCUUUCUCAGCUUCGUUCUAAAUUGUGGAUAUUAAGAGCAAGACAAGCCAUUAAAAAGAUCAUACACACUUGCCUUCCUUGCAAGAUACUGAAGCAAAAGCGUGGUGAACAAAUAGAAGCUCCGUUACCCGCUGAAAGAAUUCAAAAGUCGACCCCAUUUUAAACAACUGGAAUUGACUUUGCCGGAGCCCUCU